UGUCUGGCAGUGUGACAGCGGCCGCACCACUCGCCCCUUUACUGACCAGGGACUACGGGCUCGUGCACACGGCCGCUGUGUUAGUCCGUUUUUUUUUUUUUUUUGCGGGUCCGCAUUUGUAAGUCUGUUCUGCAGAACCUGCAAAAAUAUAGAACAUGUCCUAUUCUUGUCCCAACACAGCCGGAGGAUUGAUGGCCCCAGGUGAGACCCCCGCUACACACCUGAGCCUGGCCCCCCAUAAUAAUAGCUGCAAAAUAACCCGCCAAGUGUGAAUAUAUCCCAACAAGGAAAAAAUAAAAUAAAACCACAGGUCUUGGGGUGCUGUGAGGCGGUUCAUUCAGAAGGGCAGGAGUGCAUGAUGGUGGUUGUACUCCCUUACAGCCUGGACUGCAGCCACGGAUCAUUUCAGAAGGCUGCUCACCGCCUCCAAUGAGGGGCGGACUACAAGUCCCAGCGCGCCCCUCCUCUCACCCACACCCAGCAGCAGCAGCAGGUUACGGAGCUCUCAGUCAGAAAGCGCAGGCGGGAGGGCUCGGCACACACACUAUCCACAGGCUGAGCGUGCUGCAGCCGGGCCCCGGACAGUCCCCGCACCGGGGCCACUGGCUCCUGCAGCCCGACAUGGAGGACCCUGAGAGGGAGACGAGGUACGCGGCGCUCUUCAGCCAGCUGGACGCCAACAAGGACGGACGAGUGGACAUCAACGAGCUGAGGGAAGGGCUGGAGGCGCUGGGCAUGAGAGGCUGCCACAACGCGGAGCAGGAGAUCCUACGCGCCGGGGACACUGAUCAGGACGGCCAGCUGGAUUUUGAUGAGUUCACCAAAUACCUGGCGGAAAGAGAGAAGAGGCUCCUCAUCAUGUUCAACAGCCUGGACCGCAACAACGAUGGUCACAUCGAUGCGUCGGAGAUCCAGGAAUGUUUUCUCGCACUUGGGGUUCACAUUAACCUGACCCAGGCCCACAAGAUCCUGCAGAGCAUGGAUCGUAAUGGCACAUUAACCAUUGACUGGCUGGAAUGGAGAGAUCAUUUCCUACUGAAUCCCCUGCACAAUAUGGAGGAUGUGGUCACCUACUGGAAGCAUUCCUCUAUGCUUGACAUAGGGGAGUCCCUCGCCGUUCCAGAUGAAUUUUCCCAAAAGGAGAUCCGAUCCGGCACAUGGUGGAAGCAGCUUCUAGCCGGAGGAGUGGCGGGGGCCGUGUCCAGGACAGGAACGGCCCCUCUGGACAGGCUGAAAGUACUAAUGCAGGUCCAUGGGACAAGAGCUAACGGCCUCUCGAUGCUGAAAGGUCUGAUGGGGAUGAUCGAGGAAGGAGGGAUCCGAUCGCUCUGGCGGGGGAAUGGCAUAAACGUAUUGAAGAUUGCACCUGAGUCUGCUAUCAAGUUCAUGGCAUACGAGCAGAUCAAGAAGCUUAUCCGGGGCCAGCACGAGACCUUGAGGGUGAGGGAGAGAUUCGUGGCUGGGUCCCUGGCCGGUGCCAUAGCCCAGACUCUGAUCUAUCCAAUGGAGGUCCUGAAGACGAGGCUGGCUCUCCGCCGCACCGGUCAGUACUCAGGAAUGUCGGACUGCGCUCGACAAAUCCUGCGGACAGAAGGGGUCAGAGCGUACUUCAAGGGCUACCUCCCAAACCUGCUGGGCAUUGUGCCGUAUGCAGGCAUUGACCUGGCAGUGUAUGAGACUCUGAAGAACACAUGGUUACAGAGGUACCAGACGGGCUCCAGCCCAAACCCAGGCGUUCUCGUGUUACUGGCGUGUGGCACCAUUUCUAGCACAUGUGGUCAGAUUGCCAGCUAUCCUUUAGCCUUGGUUCGGACACGCAUGCAGGCGCAAGCGUCCAUCCAGGGGUCUCCGCAGCUCUCCAUGGUGGAUCUGUUUCGUUACAUUGUGGCUCGCGAAGGGGUCCUCGGCCUGUAUCGAGGGAUCGCCCCCAACUUCAUGAAGGUGAUCCCCGCGGUCAGCAUCAGCUAUGUUGUCUAUGAGAAUAUGAAGCGUGUGCUGGGCGUGACCAGCCGGUGAGACCGCGGACACCAGCGAUGGAGGGACUCCGGUAUUAUCCCACCCAGAAGCUGCAAGAAAGGUUACAUCGCUUCUGGGGACCCCUUUUUUAUAAAGGGCGUCUUUUGUAAUACUGCCACAUUUCACUCACACCCUGGAUGGGGCGACUAUCACGGCCUCGCCCCGAAGACGAAGGUCAUUUUAUACUGAAUGUAUAUUUUUCACGUCAUAUUUUUCUUUUUUCAAGAAUGUACCCCGCGCCACACACUGAAUGUAAAUGACCACUCUGCCGCCAGGGGGCGCUGGAUCCUAGUCUAGAGCAAUGGUUCUCAACCUGCUGGACCUACAACCUGCAGUAAGCACGCUGGGAGUUGUAGUUUCACACCAGGUUAGAUGCCACAAGUGCUCUAGGAGGGGGGAGUUUAUGGCCGUCCACAUUUUAGCUCCGCCUCCAACGCUAUUAAUUCUUCUUUUAAUGAAUGUUAAUGACUUUUUAUUUUUAGGCAGUCGGUGGAAGGUGAAUGUAUUUAUUGCAGCGUGUGAGAGAGAACGUGUCGUCAGGUCACCGGAGAAAGUAUUAAUUUAUUUCUAACCGGGUCAUAGUACAAACCCUGUCCAGGUACCGGGGAUACCGUCACGUAUGAUACGUUAUGCGGACUGAAGACCAAUACUGUACACCUGCAGAGCCUUGCACUCUAAAGGUGUGUGGAUGUGCCUGUCUCUCUGCAGAGCAUCGCACUGUGUUGUGUCAGGGAGGGAAGUGCACAUCAAUACAGAAUGUCUGCAGAGCAUUGCACUUCAGCCAGUAUCUACGGGUGGAAACUGCAAUGAGAUUGGAGUCUGCAGCACAUUUCAUUGUAAUCUGUGCAUGGUGUGAGCUGUUAUUGUACAUCUGCAGACCAUUGCUCCUCAGCCCGUGUAUAUUGGAUGCAAAUAUACGAAAGUGUACCUGUACAUCCUGUAACAUGCCUGUACUGCAGCCAGUGCUUUUAUAUCUAUGGUGGCUAAUAUCUGCAGAGCAUUUCAACAUGACAUGGGGCAUCUGUGCUGUUACUGUAUGUGGAAAGUUAGCUAAGGUUUUAAAGUGAUGCUGUGUUUCUGCAGAGCAUUGCAUCCUAGCUUUUUAUCACAUCUGCUGAAUAUUCACACGACUAUGCUCUGCGGCCUGUAUAUUUUGGUUUUAAACACGUACUGUAUAUCUGCAGAGCAUUUCAUCACACCCCUGGUAUUUUUGUGUAGGUUAUUUACAUGGAAUCGUCCUGAGAAUAAUCUAUGUCUUGUACAUGGAGAGUUGCAGUCCUGCUGCAGAGCAUUGUGCCACUGCUGCCUGGGUGUGUUUUUUGCACUGGUGCUGUGCCUCUGCAGAGCAUUAUGCUUCACCACUGGAGGGCUGGGUGUGUAGUGCCCCCACUGUUACUGAGAUUACCCCAUUAACAGUAAGGGGUGUGUACAUCCCACACUACUGCGAGUAACUUCUACACUGAAUAAAACCCAUUUCUGAUUCUUCAA